AUGACUUUUAGUCCGACUACCCAGCUGUCGCGGAGAAAUGCCAUUAACCAAAUCCUAGGCUUCCGAAUUGUGGACCAUCAUGACAAAUAUUUGGGUAUGCCAGCGUCCAUUGGAAAAAAAACCAAAAAAGAGAUAUUUGCCUAUUUACAAGACCGUGUGGUUGAAGAUCAAGGGUUGGGGGGAGAAACAACUGUCCAAGCGGGCAAGGAAGUUUUGAUCAAAGCAGUCCUACAGGCUAUCCCGACUUACGUGAUGAGCUGUUUUCUUCUCCCCGAAGAACUUAUUAAUGAAAUUGAAAUGGCAAUCAGACGAUUUUGGUGGGGAAAUGGAGAGAAUAAGGGCAUGGCCUGGUUGUCGUGGGGGGAGAUGUGCAAAGCUAAGGAACUUGGACGAUUGGGAUUUCGAGACUUGAAAGCCUUCAAUAUCGCGUUGCUUUAUUUUCCGCAUGGCUAUCUCUUUAACGCUGACGUGGGAUCUCGACCAUCAACCACUUGGAGAAGCAUUUGGAAGGUUAUUCCGUUUUUUAAGAUGGGCCUCCGUAGAAGAAUUGGAAGUGAUCUCGACACAUCUAUAUGGGGUGAUCCAUGGCUUAGAGGGGGAGGUGGGUUUAAGGUUUUCACCAAGCGUCCAAGUAACUUGGCUUUUCCGGAUAGGGUCUCAGAUUUAAUCGAGUCGAAUACAAAUUCUUGGAAUAUGCAACUGAUAAAUGAUGUUUUUUGGCCGGUGGACGUCGAACGUAUCUUGGCUAUUCCGGUGGGCAACGGUGGUUCUCGUGCAACGCACGGGCAUGGUUACUAG